AAAAGUCGUUCUCGAAUACUUUUACUUUGUAUAGUUUUCUUCCUUACCUUACGGUGUGGUUGGCCGAUAUAUCAUUCCCUGAAUCAAUAUCAUUUUCUGUAUUUUUGUGAAUUCCAUUUUUCGAAAUUAUUAUAGUAUUAAAACAUUAUUUUUUUUUUUUAGUUCAAAAAACAGUUCCGAAAUGUAAGAGUAAUCGAUUACUUUUCGAUUAUUACUCGUCUGCAGAAUUGAAACCGACGUGUUUCGAGAUUGUUAUAAAGUGACAGGGAUUGAAAUAUUCCUAUUAUUUGAAAUAUUGAGGUGUGUUAUAGAAAACCUAAUUUCCGGCUUCCAGAUAGUUUUCAGUGAUUAAAAGACUGUAGGUUUGCAAUUUUCUACUCUCUCGGGCUUACUUGUCUGUAAAUUAUUGAACCAUUUAUAACGUAACUUUAUAACCAAAAAAAUUGAAGGAUAUCUAAAAGUAGUUGGAUGAUAGUCGCACAGGAAUUCUUAAAAACAAUGGAUAUUUUUAAAGCUACGGUGCUAUAUUUAACUGUUGUUACUUUUGCAAUUGUUGAUGGACAGAGUUAUCGUGCUGGUGUGGUGCUAUACAAACCAAAUCCAUCCAUAUAUGCUACUCCGGAUGAACAAUUAAAAGAUAAUUUGAAUCUUACAGUACAAAUAAUGAAUGCCAAUAAAAACGAGUCCGACAUUUUUAUACUUCCUGAAUAUGCACUUACAAAUAUAAAAGCCGAAUUUGAAUCGGCGAGGGUUCUAAAAUCGUUUAGUGUGAAUAUUGGCAAAGUUGGAGAUAUGUUAUGCACUACCAAUGGUACAGUAUCAGAGCAAAAUUUAGCAAUUUUAGCGUGUGCAGCAAAAAAUAACUAUUACAUUGUAGCUAAUCUAAUAGAAGAAGAUAAUAACACCUAUUUUUCCACUGACAUUGUAAUUGAUCCGAAUGGUGUGUUAAAUUCGAAAUGCAGGAAAUAUCACAUUGUUAAUGGUACAAAUUUUGAAAGAGGUCCAAGUGCUAAUCCUUGCACUUUUACUGCUACUUUUCAAAAUCAGUCUGUGGUGUUUGCGCUGUUAUAUGGAACCGACUUAGUUUAUGGGAUCCCAGAUGCAUCAAAAUCUGAUAACGUUAUUGUUACAGCAGCAACUAAGAAUAACCUACCUUUGAAUAUCAGUGUAAGUUUGAGUCAAGGAUUUGCAAUUUCUAACGGAGUUAAUUUAAUAGUAGCAGAUUAUAAUGACGUGGAGUUAAAUUACGGAGGAUCUGGUGUAUUUUACAGUAAUGGUACCAGUGUGAUUGCUUUUAAUGCCGCCAAUGUUCCUAAUGGCAACGCCAUCGGAGGAAUUUUAAUUAAAGAAAUUCCAAUAAAACCAAUGUCAUCAUCUUCGAUAAUAAAUGUUAAAUCUACAAUAUUUGGUGAAAUACCAAAAAUGAAUUUGGAAUACAUUAACUUACCGACAACGUUUAAUCAAACAAUUGUAGAAGGAAAACAUUGUAUUGAUAAAAGAUGUUGUAACUUCAAGGCUGAAUUAUCUGCAGAUUCCAUAGCACCUUACCAGUGGAUUAUACUACAGAAUAAGACGAAUAUUUUGACGCAGGAAGCUGACAUCUUUUUCUGCGGUCUUGUUGUAUCAUCUGCCAGUUCACCCAAGUUGACGUUUAAAAAUUUAACAAUAUCUGUGGACGAUAAACAACCAGACGUUGCCCAGACUCUACCAAUUGCCUUAAAUCAAAAUUUUCUACCAACAAACUUUCAAUUCAAUAAAGUCGCUCGUACAAUUACAUUCGAUAAAGAAAAUAAUAUUGUUGUCUUAUUUGGUAUAAUGGAAAUUUUAGGUUCUCCAAAUAUCGGUACUAAUACAGCUUUCAUUGUUAUAAUAGUACUACUUGUACUAGCUUUGGUUGCUUUAUUGGUUGCGUUUUUGGUAUGGAGAAAACGACAAGCUAAAAAUAGACGCAAUUUUUAGAUUAUCAAGCAGUAAUAGGCGAUUUAAAUACAUAAAUCUGCUUCUAAUUCUUGGGGUACACGAGGUCCCGGCAGGGCGACGCGAAGCGAGCGUCAUCUAUUGACAACCAGGCGUCGGCCAUGUUGUGGAUGCAAGAAUAGAGGACAUACCGGGGCAUUGCUAGUGAUUAUUAUUCAAUGAAGUAUAGCUUUUUGACUCAUCAGAAGAAUGUUAGGAGUGUGAAAGUGAUGUAAAAAAAGCACUAAUGGUAAUAGUGCUUGGUACUAUCCUUCGCACUCACAAAGAAGAUGUUCGGCGGUAUUCUUUGGUUCUUUACAGAAGCAAUAAGAGCUGUCGAGAGUUUAUCCGAUGUUUUUCAGGUGGUAGUUCAUCGCUUUUCGGCCUCUGGCGAAAAUCAAAGUUUAAUAACAAAAUGGGCCACACAGUAGACAAGACCCUACUCGCUCCAGGCGAAAACUCGACAUCGUAGCCACUUUUCUUCUGCCCCGGCUGGAUUUCAUGAUGCAAGGGGCUAACUUACAAAAGGAAGCUGAAAACGAAAUCAAGAGGACAAGAAAAAUAAGGUUCCAUUUACCAUGGAGGGGGAACGUCGAACUAGUAUAUCCCCUUGCGCAGACAGGGGGACGUCUGAUACUCUAGGGGGACUUGAAAUGUUUUCCGUCAAUUUAGGCUUUUGAAAAGACUAAAAACGAAAUUUGGCGUUUGAUAGCAUUUAAUAUACAUGAGUGGUCGGAUAGUUAACUUAUUUUUUAGUCUUUCUGUCCUAUAAAUACAGUUCACUACAGCGUAGAUCAUCAUCUUUCAGUAAUUCUUCAAAAGAAUUGAAGAACAAAGGUAUGAUGUUAUGAUCACCCUGGUCUGUUUACGAAAAACGCAUCAACAAUAUUUCCAACGCCCAGUUGUCGUAUUUGAACGCUAGAUGACGCUCGCGUCACAGGGGCAAAAAAUGCAACCCGCAUGACACGUGAAACCCAAGAAUUUUCGGAUUAUAAAUAGUGGAAUGAAGUUAGAGAAAUAAAUUAUUAAUAUUGCAGGUUCCUUGUGUCCCAAUAGGUAUUUUAACAAAGGAGUUUUUGAAUAUAAUAGGGCAUUUUUUUCUUUACUUAGUGCAGAUUCCUCGAUAUCUGUUAUCUUUUUUUGUAAUCAUAAAAUCUCAUUUUAUACCUUCUAUACAUUAUUGAUUGGACUAAACAAAGUCGACAAAUAUAAUUUUCUAAAAAAUUGAUUGGUAGUAGUUUUCCGAUAUUUUGAUUUUGCAUAUAAUAUUUUCAGGUAUCUAUGACUUUAACUCGUGAAGACCGAGAUUUUUUUUCAUUUAUCUUCUGUAAUAUAAAGUUUGUUAUUAGCUAAAUAUAAUAUUUAUAACAUUAUUCAAUAUAUUCAAAAUUACGAAAAAUAAUGGUGAAGUCAGAGCUCUUAAUAUAAAUAUUUAGAGGUGGUAUUGAUUUUCCAUUCAAAUUACACGGGAAAUUGUUUUUUUUUUUUUUAAUUUUAUUGUAUAUCAACGAAUUAUUGUGUAGUAAAAAGAAAUUGAUAUUUUUAUAUGAAAUUAAACGGUCUACAAAAAAGGUCUGAAAUAGUUUUUCGCUAAGUCAACUCGGUUAAAGAUUAUUUGCAGUUGAAGUUCAACCUAAAAUAAUAUAUGAUGACUUUCACAAUCUUUUAUAGUUCUCUACAAAAAAAUGUCUUAUUGACAUAAAGACAACAUAUUUUCCGUGAUUUUUCUCAUUUUUACUGUUUUGGUAGUGACAACCACCUCCAAGGUUUUAGUGUAUAGUGGCAUAAUAUUGAAAAUGAUCCUUGGAAUAUUCCCUACCUUCUGUGAAAAUUUCAAGUAAAUCCAGGCAAGAUGAAAAAAUUGCGAGUCAAAAUGCUGCAUCCUGGACUAUGUGUACUUAUGCUCGUUUCCUUUUUAUUUUCUAUAUUUGUCUAACCGAAGUUACUGAAAUAAUUUUUCAUCAAGUUUUUUUUGUUAUUAGGAAAAUAUUUUGUAUAAUAAUUAAUUCCCUGUUAGAUAACACUUUAGAAUUUCCUUUAAAGUGCACUUAUGAAACUAUUGAGAUACAUUAUAUAUUUUUCCCUGAAUAGGCCAAAGAGUUACACAUAUUAUUUUCUAAAAAAAAAUGACGCCACUAUUUCUACUCCGAUCUACUAAUUUAUAUUUCUAUGUGUCAUAACUUUUUCUGCUUCUUAAGACUUUGGGUUUAUCAGGUUUUAACUGGUAAAUCAAACUAACAGUGAAUCUACAGUUAUAGGAACUUUGAAAUGUAUAAUAUUUGUUCUAAAAAUUGCGGGUGAAAAUUUUUUUAAAUAUUCUCAUUAUGGGAUGGCGCUACUUAAAAAGAAAAUAACAUCAAAAAAAAUUGAAUAAAAUAGAGCCUCAUUCCCACUUUAAAAAUAAUUUCCUCAUUUUCAUUUUGUGCUUGCCGUUUUGAAAAUAUUUGUCUAUUGGUGCAAAACCAAUAAUAAAUAUUUUAUCAUAAUUUCUUUGAAAACAUAUUUCAUUAUUUCACAAAGUUUUUCUUUAUAAUCUAACAAACUAAAAAUGAAAUUAAUCAGCAACAUUAUCGGUCAUAAAAACAUUCAAAAUCAUGCACCACUGGUACAGCGGGAUCUCAAUUUAUGUAAUUCUAAUAUAAUUUUGUAGGGUUCUGAUUUCACGAGUUGUCAAGGGUAUUACUUAUAAUGAAACAAUUUUUAUUUAAGAGAACUUUGUGGAAAUAUAAACGAAAGAAUAUAAUGGUUUGCAAGACAUUUAAGUUUCAGUUCUUCACAUGUUUAAGCAAAUGGUCUUUUCCAGAAACUGUAUGUCUUUCAAGUCACAUUUCCAGACUUAAAAACCUUUUAAAACGUCGUCUAAGUAACUGACUUUCGUGCACUUCUCUAAUUAUUAUUCGAUACUUUUUAAAAUGGUUUCGCUGCUAUGUCGCCAGCUAACACGAACGUUGAUGUGUAUACUUAGGGAUGUUAAAAUAUUAGCAAUAAACAAAAACGAAAAAGAUAAACAAGUAAAAAAUGAAAUAGUCUCAAACUAGCAAAUUACAAAAAUAUUUAUUUAUGUCUUUUCUACCCUUACGGGUAUAAGACGUGGGAUUCAGUUUCUUUUUGCAUUUGUCUGGUAAUUUCGUCCCUCUGUUCUCAGGUAAUUUGUAAUAUUGUUUUUAUUUUGUUUUAUGUAUUUUUCCUAUAUUCAAUAUAUUAUAUCAAAUACUUUUAUGGUUCAAUAUUCAAAAUAUGAAAAGAGUGUUAUCCAGUUCUGUUGAAAUGGAAUCGUUAUUCUCAUACCGGUUGCUGCAACCAGAUAUUUUUGAAAAGGUUAAGAAUGUUUUCGUGAGCAUAUGUCGGAAAGAGACAACUAGUACAUCAUCUGGUCUUAGUGACUUUUUUUUCCGACUGGAAAGAGAUUUUUCAUUCUGAAUAUAUAAAGAUUGAAACAGAUUGAGGCGUCAAUUUUUACCUGUUAUUUUAAAUUAAUUUUAUAUCAAAAAUCCUAAAAACAACACUAUUCGUCACGAAAAAUCUAAAAAUUCACUUUUUUCCAAACGACAAAAUGAAAAUUUGAUCAUUUUCCUUAUUUUUUCAUUAUUUAAACAGCUUCACUAAAAAGAUCAUUUAUUAUAGAAUGUUUAUGUAAUAAUAAUGUAGCUGACUAAUUCCAAUUUUAUUUUUUUCGAUUAUAGUAUGAGUUUUUAGUUUAUAAAUAUAAUUAAAAUGUGUAUUACAGUUUUUCUAUUUUACUAAGUGGAAAAAAUGCUUUUACCAAAAAGUUUAUUGAAAGAAUUUCUUGAUUUUUUUAAUUACCUUCUAUAUGGACCGAUUAAUAAUGGUAAAUAUUUAACUGUUGAUGUUUGAGGUAUUCAAAAAUUCGUUAAAUUUUGUUUCUGAGUAUAGCUCGUCUGACAAAAGUAACUGAUACGUCUUGUUGCUGUGCCUUGUAUAAAAGCAGUUAUUUUUUUAAAUGAAUUGGAUGUCAAAUUUUUUAUAAUCUAUAGAUACGCUUUGAAGUAUAUUAAAACUGAUAAGCAUUUAAAUAUUUCCAAAUAUUACUAUUUACUCUUGUUUAGAGUUGAUUUUAUAAUAAUAAUAAGCAUGUUGUAUAUUGUUCAAAGCAGUUGAAAAUGAUUUAAAUCCCUCCUUAAACUCAUGGAAAGCCGGGAAUGGAUGUUUGUAGUGACAAAUGGACUCAUUCAUACACUUUUCAGUCAAAUGAAAAUAACAAGUGCCCUGAAAUCGGUUGAAUGGGUUAUCUAUGAGCUCUUUUGAGCGAUCAGCAAAUAUUAAAUGAUAAAUCCCAAAAAUGCUUUUUAGAAUCGAUAACAGAUAAUAUUCAAAAACCCGAGCCUUUUAAAGCUAUCCCCGAUCAACUAUCCGUAAAUAAUCACUAGCUGAAAAAUUGUCAUAAGUGUCCAUUUUAUUCCGUUAAUUAUUUUUAAAAAACGGGUAUCCCGUUAACUUGACCCCUUUUCACAAUAACUGCAUAGACAAUUGCCCUUCAAGAAAAUAACGUGCCGUGGCAAUUAUCUAUGUAAUUAGUUUUAGUUAUAUUUUUAGAUUAUUAUAUAAAGGAGUGUAAUAGUUUAAAAAAAAAAUAAUUAACGGCGAAAUCUGGGAAUUUCACGGCCUAAAAAUGGCCGUUUUUGAGCUUGUCAUAAAUCAUUUUUCUCGGCGUCUCCAUCCCCUCAUACCUAGCUCCCGAAGAUCCUCUUCUGCCAGUACACUUUGUGCACCCCCGCUCCUCAGACAUACGCUCCAAGUGGUCUAGCCAUGUGAGUUUGGCCCUCUUGACUUCUGUCACCCUGGCUGGGGUCUUCAUAGAGCCGGUAUAAAUCGGUGUUUAUACGGCUGCGCCACACGAUCUUCUCGCACACAGGUUCAUAUAUUCGGCCUAAGAUCUUUCACUCCCACGUGUUUAGCAGCCGCUCCUCGCGUGACUUUAGUAGUCGUUGGUCACUGGAGUAUGCUCUAUUCCCCGAUUUCACACGUUCUCGUAUUUCCAUAAAGUUGUUAUUAUUUUCGGUCACUAGUGAUCCUAGAUUGAGUCACCACCCGAUAGAUAUUAGAUUGAAAAAAAAUCAUGAUAAUUAUCUCGAAAAAAAAAUAUAAUUUUAAGGUGAUUCGUGAAUCUCUGUAUUCGAUAUUUUUAGAAUAUUUUCUCGUUUGUUAUAAUUUUGUUAUUAUUAUUAGAAUUCUAACAUUAUUAAUCAGUUGAUUUUAUUAAGUAUUUACAUUUUAUAUUAAGCUUAUGCUACUUAAAAUCAAUGUGAUAAAUUUUCUGUUUAAAUUAUUGAUAGCGAAGAUACCAAAAAUUUAAUAUAAUUUUAUUGUAAGCACGCAAAGUUGUUUAAAUUAUUUUUGUAUUGUAGCACUUAUUGUGUGACAUAAAUAAAGUAUGAUGUUAUACAA